CUCGGGUGGGGAAAUCGGUGAACACUAUGCAACAUUAUAGUUCCAUCCUAUUUUGGCUCGAGGCGAAUUUUCUUUCCUUUCUCGCUCUUCGCGCCUCUCUUAGUGCUGCCCUCUUUUCGCUCAGGACGAAUUUUUUUUCCCGUCUCGUUUUUCACCGAUCCUGCGAGGAUCAUCCGUGUAAACACGAGCGGUGCUGAACACGAAUGCAUCUGUAUGCGAUCGAGUUUGAGGCGCGAUGAAAAGUUCCCCGGGAUGAUGAAAAUGAAUAGCAUGUUUUUGAUUGAAAAAUACAUAAAACAGCGCUCAAAGCAUUUUCAAAAAGCGUUUUAAAUGAAAGAUAAUAUGUAACAUACCAUUUCAUCCGAUUUACAGCACUUUUUUGUGCAAUGUUUAGCAUUUUUGGCUGUGAUCAGCUAUCAAGGAACUUUUCAGGUAACCUCAGCCUAAGCACUUGCGAGAAAGGGACGGCAAGAGUUCUCUUUCUCAGAUCUAAGGAUCAUGAGGUUCGUGGAAUAGUCUCUCCGAGAAACGAAACUGUACUUUUUUUAACCACAAAUUUUUUCAUUAAUAAUACUUAAAACAUUGUCCAAAACAUUUUUAAAAACCUUAUUAAAUUCAAAACAACAUACAACAUUGCAUUUCGUUGCAUUUCCAACACUUUUUUAUGCAAUGUUGAACAAUUUUAAGUGUGAUGUGAUUCCAACGAACUUUCGAGACAUCCCGAUCCGAAGGAGGUGAAAGAAAAGGAGGAAGAGAAAUCUGUCAAACAGUUCUGUUCGGUGUUCAAGGUGAUCGGAGCGUGCUGAUCGUGCUCGCGCGUAAGUAUCAAAAAAAUAUGCUUAUUUUUCCCACAUUUUGUGGGUUUUCUUCUCGUUUCAGACUAUUAAACACCCACAGCAACGACAACUCUAUGAUCCUGUAUGAUCCGAAAUUUCCUGUACGUGCAUCUUCGGGGCAGCGGAAUAGUUUUGCGAUACCUCCGCAUCGCGAGCUGAGAGCCACGAUCGAGCCACGAAGAGCGAUCGAAUGUCCUACUCAGCCACCAACGAAGGAAGGAUUGAGGGAGUUGGGUAAGUUUAGUGUUAUGAUUUGUGAAUGCACAGAUACGCUCGAGGUUCAUUUUCAACUGGAUCCCGUACUGAAGAUUUUUCGCCAUCCAGUUACGACCCUUUGGCGAUCCAGUUAA